UAUUGCUAAUUAAGCCUCUUUAAUUUUUUGUUUUAGAAAAACGUCGCAUUUUAAAACUAAUUUUCAGCGGCACAAACGAGAGGACGAUUUUAUUAUUUCGCUUGUUUUCUAAACUAAUAAAAAUUGAACAGCAAAUAAAAUUAAUACAGGGUUGAAAAAAAAAAUUUGAGUUUUUACGGGAAUGAAAUUAAAGCGGCGCAAAUUUUUUCGUGUUAACAAAAAGCUUUAAAUAUUUGUACAAUUGACCAUAUCAUCCGAUGAAUACUCGUGAGUUUAUAAAGUUUCGAUUAUUUGUCAAUUUGUACUUGAUCUGCGUAAGAAUUUAUGGUAAUCGGAUUUGCGAAACGUCGAUUCACGAGUCGCUCGUUUCUCUUGCGAUCAGUGAAUGACUUAUUCAGCCGUUCCGCACGAGUGAAACAGUCAUCGUCAUUCCACUGGAGCAAGGGGGGGGAAGAGACAGAUCACGGAUCUGCGCGUCCCGCGGGGACGACCGCGAGAUUAACGCUCGUCCCGUCCGACGGAUGGCGGCACCGUCGCCGCGAUGCCUCGCGUCGGGCGCGGGUCGAUGUUUUUAGCGACGUGCUUAGUGUGACGUGCGAGUGGCCCGAGAGCGACAGCCAGCCUGCCAGCCGGAGAGCUAAGCAGCCAGCCAGCCAGCCGUCGGGAUGCCGCAGAGGUUUCUGGGUAUGCGGUGGGAGCCAUAUUUUUUCAAUAUCAGUUACGCGAGCACGGCGUAGCGUACGGGCAGGAGCAUCUGGCGGGCACGGCGUUCCGGCAUUCGGUGGUGCCCGCGCGCGCGAUGUCCGUGUCGGCUGGCGGUGAGUGAAACGUAAAGGACGGCGAACGCGAACCGACGCGCGGCCCGUCGCCGCGUCCGCGCCGUUACCACACGUCGUCGCUCGUCACGAAAAUUUUACACGAUAACAUAAACCGCGCGCGGCACAGAGGCGAGCGGGGAGUAGGAGCGGGAGCAGGAAGGAAGGGGAGGAGGAGGAGGAGGAGGAGGAAGAGGUGGUGGUCCCCGUGAGAAACGGUGGAGCGCGGAGCCGCGCGCAGGUGUUCGACACGGCGAGAGGGUUAGUUAACUUAACCCGAGUUCGUGGUGUGCUGCUGCUACUGCUGGCAGUAGUAGUGGUAGUAGCAGUAGAUAGGAAGCAAAGUAGUGGUGGUGAUUGGUGGUGAUAGUAGUAGUAGUAGUAAUAGUAGUACGCGAGGAGGCAGUGGAAAUGGUGUUGCCGGCGGCGGUGGUGGCGGCAACAGUGGCGGCGGCGGAGGAGGAAGAGCGGCGACGGCGGUGGUGGUGGUGGUCGUCGUGAUACUCGCUGCUGGCUGCUGCCGCUGCUGCUGUGACGAUGACACAGCGUCACAACACGACGCUCGUCCGUCCGUGCGCCGCGAUUUAACCCGAAUCCGUCGCGAAUUACGCCACCGAGCGGCGUGCCAAAGGUGUGUGUGCGCGCGCGCGCUCGCGCGUGCGUGCGUGUGUGUGUCUCUCCGCGCGCGCGCGUGUGUGUAUGUACGUGUGUGUGUGUGUGUGUUUUUUUCCCCUCUUUCGUGAACGGCGUGCGCGUUCGCGCGCCGUAUUUACCGAUCGAGCGAGAGCGGCCGACUUCGGGCGCCGACUCGAGCCGAGUCCGCCGCGAUUAAGCCGUGUGUACCCGCGCCGCGCGCGCGUACGUUCGGUCAGUGUCGAGGGAGAUGGCACGCCGUACGGUCGUGCUGUCGUCGUGAGCCUCGCGGGAAUCGCUGUCGCGGCUCUUUAUUCCGCCGUUGUUGAAUGACACAAUUGAGUGCGUGCGCGCGCGCGCGUUUUUUUCCGGAGUGCGCGAGGAACGGAGUAGUAUAAUGUCGCACGUAUAGUGGUUUGUUGUGUGAGUAUAAAGCGCGGUGAGUAUAAAUCGGAGGAUUUGAGUGCGGCGUUCGACGGACUCCCGGGUGAGCGUGGAGGAGAAGGAAGGAGGAGGUGUGUCGGAAAGGUGAUCCUCGUCGAUUUGCGUCGCGACGACGGGUAACGGCGGCGACUCCGGGGGCCGUCACCUUGAGUCUCGGGAGAGCGAGACCUUGUCUGUCCCCCCAUCCCCCACCCCUCUCCCCUCCCGGCCUAUCUCUCUCGCUCGCUCUCGCGCCGGAGACGUAAUUCCCCGGCGAUAAACAAGCGGUGGCGGAGCCGCCUACGCGCGUCGGCCGCCGGCUAUGAGAGUUUCGAGUCGAGUUAGGAGCAGCAGCAACAACAGCAGCAGCAGCAGCAGCCGCGACCUUGCUGCUCGACGCCGCCGCUGCCGUGACCGCCUCGCGAUCACGAUGCUACGUAACGACUCGCGACGUGCGCAACGCUCGCGGCAGAGGGAAUCAGCGUGGAACAUGCCGCGGUUCGCAGGGGACCUUUGAACAAGCAGGAGGGGGAGAGAUAGAGAUAGAGAGAGAGAGAGAGAGAGAGAAGAAACGUCAUCGGCCGGCCGAUGCCGGCGUUUCGAAUUCCGAUCGCGUUCGACGACGACAGGUCGUUUGUGUGUCGUGCUGUGCGAACGGAGUUCUCGCGGGUGAAGACGUACGGAGACGUCCAUCCCGUCAAGGAGGUUAGACGGCCAUUGACCGGCGGCGACGGCAGCAGCGUGUAAUAAUACGCGCGCCGCCGGGGCCUCGUGAGCGUACGUUAGGGGAGCGGCGACUCCGUUCCCGCCGUUUUCCGAAAGGGAGGGACUGCCUGCCUGCCUGCCUGCCUGCUGCCCUAGACCUCGACCUCCCACGUUCGUGUGUCCGAGCCGCGGACGACGACGACGACGACAACGACAACCCCCGGGCCUUGCGAUUGGCGUGUAUAUUAUGUCGUGCUACGUGUCGUGCCGCGCAACGGAGGGACGCAACGGUACGCAGCAGCGGUACAACGACGACAACGUGGUUGGCGAGAGCGCGACCACCCGAGAAAUCAUCAUCACCACUACCACCACCAUCAUCAUCCCCCCAAGUGAUUUAUCGUCAUUGUGCGCGUGAGAGGGGAAUCGCGAGAGAACCGUGGAAGGAUCGCGGAGGAUGCGGCAAUACUCGCCGCCGGUGUCUCCACGUAGGCGAGCUACGUGCCACGUUGUGGUGAUGCCAGUGAUGUCGUGGGUGUCGUCAGGGUCAUCCGCCGCGCUGCUGGACCUGGACCAUGGCCGGCAAGCCUGAGCAGCCGUCCACGCUCCCUGCUCCCCCGAGUCACGGCCAUCAGCAGCAGCAGCAGCAGCAUCAUCACCAUCAGCAGCAACAGCAACAGCAGCAGCAGCAGCAACAAUCGCAACAAGCUCUACAGCAAAACAGCGUUCUGGUAUACGUGUCGGGGGAGAACUUCGCGUACGCCACGGCGGUGGGUCAGAAUGUCGCCGCGACCGCUGCUGCCGCUAUCGCGGUCGGUUAUCAGUCGCAGCCGCAGCAGCAGCAGCAACCGCAGCAGACGACGCAAUACGGUGCCGGUAUCCUGCAGCAGGCGGCGAAGGCGCAGGCGGUCACGACCACGACCUUUCCCGCCAAAACCGCCAUAUACCGCGCCGACGACGCGACCAACGUAGUAGGGCAAAGCAACGCCAACGUCGCCGUCACCGCCACCACUACCACCACCACCACCAGCUGCCGGCUGCUGAAGCCGUCGACACUCGAGACGGAUGGCAGUCCAGCCGAAGCCAGGCAUGCUCCCUCUUCCCUGGCGACGAGCAACGAGGACGAGGAGGAUUACGCGAUGCUGUACCGACAGAGUGCCAACCUGGCGGCGACAGCGACGGCGACCGCGACGGCGGCGUCGCGGCUCGGUGCCGGUGGUGCGGACGCGUACUCCGCGAGAAUGAGCGCCGCCACGAACCCGGCCGACGUCGGCCUCCUCGGCGGUGCGGACGACGACUACGGUACCGCGGGUAGUAACGGUAUCGUGCUUUCGAGCGCCGCGGGCGAGCAGCAACAGGCGGACGACAAGAGCCGGCAGCAGCAGGAGCAGCAGCAGCAGCAGCAGGCCGUUGCCUCGUCGGCGGCGACGGUGGUCGGUGUUGUUGUUGGUGACGGUGUUGGUGUUGGUGGUUCUGGUGGCUGCGACUCGGUCAGGUCCGACGAGUCGUCAACGGCGACGACCUACAGCAGCCUCAGCAGCCCCGACGAGAGUCAGGCUCAUCAUCAUCAUCAUCAUCAGCAGCAGCAGCAGCAAGGACAGCACGACACCGGUGGUGGUAGUGCGUGCGCGCAGCAGGCUGCGCGGCAGCAGCCGCCGUCGCGUGUCAACAAUGGUAGUAACAAUAAUGGUGUUCAGCAUAACGCGGUGGUGUUGACAAUGAACGGUAGUGCGGUGGUGCAGCAGCAGCAGCAGCAGCAGCAACAGCAGCAACAACCGUCGGCGAUCACCGUGCCACGUGGAUGGAAAAGGAUAUGCACCAACGGGGUCAUCAUUUACAUCAGUCCAAGCAGUACGGCGCUGGGUUCGCUGGACCAACUGAAGGAAUACCUGACGACAGUGGGAACCUGCAAAUGCGGCCUCGAGUGCCCGCUCAGACCCGAGCAGGUCUUCAACUUUGACCCCAAGGUUGCGACGCGACCUUGGAGCCCGGAUCAGGGCAAGACGCGGGAGAUGACCAAGCUCUGCAACCAUAAGAGGAAACUUCUGCUGCCGGCCGCGGCCGCCAGUCCUGUUGCGUCCUGUACGCCGGCGGUCUCGUCGUCGACUUUAUCUUCUGGCCCGACAACGGCCUCGAUUCAUGCGAACGCCGACUCGCCCACGUCGCCGGAUAAAGCCAGAAAAGAUGGCCUCAGCAAGAAGAAGAAGAGGAAACUAGGAGGCAUAGGCGGCAUUUAUUCCGGUGUCUCGGUCUCGCAACUUCUGGCACAACGGGAGAGAGCUAUUGCCGCGGUUGCGGCAUCUGGAGUUCAAGGUUCACCGGUGCCUAAUGGAUCGCAGGUAUGGCCAAUUGCGAUCCCAAAUCUGCAAGUCCAACAGAACGGACAACAAAUCUGUCAUCAGUCUUUAAAUUCGCCUUCGCAGAAUCAUGACGUGAGCAGUUGUGCAAGAAAUCCUCAGCAGAGGCUAAAUCAACAUAAUAUGUCUGGCAUGCUGAUGAGCAAUCCGUUGAUUAUGAAUCAGCAGGGUACAAAUUUUAAUAAUAUGACUCAACAACAGCAGCAGCUCUUACAACAGCAACAUCAACAGCUUAUUCUACAGCAGCAACAACAGCAACAACAACAGCUUAUUCAGCAGCAUAUAUCGCAGCAACAGCAACAACAACAAUCGCAGCAAUUGUUACCGCAUCAGCAGCAGCUGCAACACAUGCAAAUUUUACAACAACAACAACAGGAACAACAUCAAAAUAUUGUAGCAAAUCAAUUAGCGCAACAGCAAGCUCCUCAUUAUAUUAAUCAGUUAAAUCAGCAAUCGUUACAUGUAAUGCAACAACAGCAGCAGCAUUUGAAUCAGCAACAGCAGCAGCAGCAGCAGCAGCAGCAGCAACAGCAGCAACAAAUGCAUUUACAACAAAUUCAAAAACACAAUAUACAACAACAGCAGCAGCAUUUAGCUCAAGAAGUAGAUCAACAACAGUCGACAAAUUACAAUACUCAGCAUCCUGUUGAGAAUUAUGUGCAUCACAUGCAGUCGUCACAAGUGUCGAAUCAAACCGCCCUUCAUUCGCAGUUGCAUCAAAUUCACCAACACCAAAUGCAAUCGCAACAAUCGCAACAGAAUCAGCACGCUGUGCAAUCUCAGCCGACGGAUCAUUUCCAGAUGCAGAUUCAGCAGCAGUUACAACAGCAACAACAACAGCAGCAGCAGCAGCAGCAUCAACAGCAGAUGUCGCAAGUGUGCAUUCAGCCGCAAUAUUCAAACCAACAAUUAAACCAUCACUCCGUAGACAUUAUGCAGCAGCAAACUGGUCCUGCCGUUAUGACCAAUAUGAACGCUAUUGACAUUCAAAAUAGGCAUAAUCGAGCACCGUCAGUUGAUGAAGAUCUAAAUACGAAACAGUUACAACAGCAACAGCAACAACAGCAGCAGCAGCAGCAACAGCAACAGCUUUUAUUACACAAUCAUGCGAUGCAGCGACAUCAUGUAGUUCAAAAUGGCGUACCGAAUAAUCCUCACGAGAAUGUUCAACGGAUGUACGCUCAGAAUCAAGUACAAUAUUCGGCAAGAAAUUUCGAUCCCGCAAAGGGAACGAAUACGGAUGCCAAAAUGGGACAUCAACAGCAAUUUUUGUCUAAUCAUACGGGACGAAGCCCGAACGCCAGUCAUGCUGUCGAGGUGCAGCAGUCUGGUAUGGGACCAAACGGGCAACCCGGUAAUAUGCAUUUCAACAACAGAACACCGCCGUGGCAACAAAAUCGUGCUGCAGUUGCUUCUCAUCAACCGUCCGUCGUCACGGUACAGAACAUUACCUGCAAUUCGUUUGACCGUGUACCACCACUUCAUCAUCACAUUCCACAACCUUCCAAUUGGACAGAUGAGGCCGCACGGAAAAAACCGAAACCGAAUAAAGUAAUAGUGAAGAAACAGCGGCAGCAUGGAGUGGCGGAGUUAUCGAGAACGAACAACGGAUUAGAACAUUCGACACCGAGUCCAGUAGAUGAAUUUGGCGAGAACAAUCAGCAAAAUAAUGGUCAGAUAGGUUCGACUUUCAACAGCGGUCCUUCGUUCCUAGAGGAUCCCAGUGGGUACCUCGCUCAGCAAACGGCGCUGCUGAAUAGCACGAUAUCGAGACAGACCGGUGUCAGUAGUUCUCAAGUGGGCAUGUUGAACAAUAAUUCGAAAGCAUCGUCUCAGACCAAUCACGGCAUGCAUGUGCCUAAUUCCUAUAUUUCUCAACCAAAGCCUUCCUCUAUCGCCAGUCCCACGAGUACCUCGUCAUUCACUUCCGUAAAAAAUCACGCGACCUCGCCGGUUGUUGUACAUAGCAGUAUGACACCGACAUCAAGCAGCGGUACGGAUUCCGAGAGCAGCCCAUGUCAGGGCUGCGUUACUAGCGCUGAUACACAGUCCUACAUGCAGGAUCAAUAUAAGCAGCAGAUGCAGCGACAGUACCUGAUGCAUACGGAUCAGCGCGAAGAUCCUGUUACGUCGUCGACAUUCGGCGAGCGAUAUCAAACGAAUAAUCAAUCACAAGCUGAUUCCAGACCAAUACAAGGCGGUACUGUGAGCACCAGUCAUGGAUCUCCUAUUGGCACGAAUAGUCCAGCUAAUUCGGAUACACCAGCAGCCUCAACGCCUGGAAUUUCGCAACCGGCAACUCCACAAAGUCUUAUCUCGUCGCAACCGGCGACGCCACAUAGUUAUUCACAACCACCGACGCCUCAUUCACACGUAUCGGGCCAAAUGUCAUCGCAAACACCAACUCCACAAAUGCAACAGCAACUGUCACAAUCUUUGAUCAGUGCUAGCAUCCAAGAACAAAGAUCGGAAACUCCUAGUUCUGGUACGAUGAGUUCUAAUGGUAUUCCACCUAGUACUUCGCCAUCACAGACAUCCUCUUCUACGUCGGAUAAUUUAAUAUCACAAGUAAAACGGCAAAUAUCCAGGCAAAAUUCUCUAGAUGGCUAUCAACCUCAUCCACACACUGUAAAUACUGUCUCCAGGAUACCUAUGAAUACUUUUGGUGGAUCAUCGUCUGUGAUAACAACAAUGGCGAGUGGUCACACAGUUAGCAGUAACACGAUUACGUCUGUGUUAGCUGGAAGAGCGAACACGGCCACCGUUUCAAUAAACACACCAUCUGCGAUACCGAAUCCUGCUAUACCGAAUCUUCUGCCGAACAAGCCACAACAUCAGCCACAGUCUACAGCGUUAACAAAUAUGCCGGGUACUCCAGUUACAACUCAUUCCUCUAUUCCGCUUAGUCAAUCCUCGGCGAUGAGCGUGUCUAAGUCGCCUCUUGAAAUGGUUCAGAGUGUUGUUAGUAGCAUACAAGUACCUCAAACAAGCACAAACUCGUCAUUGCAACAGCAAACACAACAGCAGCAGCAGCAGCAACAGCAGCAUCAACAGCAGCAGCAACAGCAACAACAGCAACAUCAACCGCAACAACAUCAUCCUCAAGCUAACGUUCAAGUUCACAAUGUCCUCACUUCAGGCGGUAUAUUGAAACAUCCUGCCGGAUCGACGCUACCGCCUGGUCAUAUUUUGGUAUCCAGUGGCGGUCAACUCAUAAUGGCGAGUACUGGAUCUGCUAUUAACGGCGUGAUGGCACCUCCUCCACCGAAAAUCAUCUCUAACGCUAAUUCUAUGCCACCGUUAUCAGUGUCACCGAUGGUUACCAGCGUGACCGGAGCUGUCAGUCAAGUAAUUCCUGCAGUAGGUGUAGCUCAGCAAGUGAUAGGGCAACCAACGGUACUUGUGAAUACAAUUCAGACUCCCGUGUUGAUUCAACCUGGUGUAAUGACGAUGGAUAGCAUUAGCCAGAACGUGCAGAUACCACAUCUGACAGUUGCUACCGGUAACGUUAUACAAAACACUCAGUCCAUCAUUGAUGCAAAUCAGGACGUAUCCAGGACGGUCAAUGCCAAUCAAGGCAUGACCGUGAAUCGACAACCGGCACUAUUGUCGCCAGAGUCGGCAAUGACCAAGAAAAAGGCAUAUAAGAAACGAAAAGCAAAUCCACAAACCGUGGCGUCGAUGUUACACAUUGCUUCGUCCCAACAGAACGCCGGUAUGUUGAUGCAGUCACAAUCAAAUUUUGCCCAACAAAACUUUCAAACUCAGAGUAUAGGCGGACCUAUGCUCCAGGCGCUAACCAUUGUGCCUGGUAAAGGCGGGGCGCCAGCGCAGCUUGUGAUGAACGGUCAGACUGGUGCAGCAUCCGCGCAAUUUAAUGCUCAGCAAAUAAUCACGAAUCCUCAACCAGCUCAGCAGAUAAAUCUUCUUCAACCGGUGAACUUAUUGAACGGCGCAACUGGAAUGGUUCAGAAUUUCCCAACCAUCCAGCAAUUUAUUGUACCUGGUUUAGGUAGCAUGGUAAUGUCUGCGGACGGAACGGCCACUUUAUUGCAGGACACGGGCAACAUUGGGAUGCAACUUCAGAUACAGAACGUCAAUGGCCAGAAUGUCUUGACACCGGUACAAAGCCACGGCAGCAUAUUCAAUCCGAGUCAAAGUAUAUUGGCCGCCGGUCCAGCUGGCAUGGUCAUAAGGGCGCCGCAAGCGACUGGUGGAAAGAUAAUUCAGCAACACAGUCCGGGAGCGCAGUUUCUUUCACCGAAUAGCGGCCAGUUCCUAGUGAACGGUACCACAUCCUUCGGAAAUCAACUGAGCCCGAUAGUUGCUAAUGUCAGUCCGAAUCAACAGGUGACAUUCAACGCCUCGCAAGUGAGACCGCCAAACAUGCAAGGUCAACAGGAGUUCAUACAAAUGAAUGGGCAGACACUUAUGGUACCUUGUGCUACCGCACAGAACAUCGCCGUCUCUUCGGCAUCGAAUCAACAGAACACAACCUUCGUUCAACAGAAUACAACGAUCGUACAGCAGCAGACGACCAUGGUUUCAAACAAUCAGAUACCGAAUUUUCAAAACGCAAGUUCUAAUGGCGGACAAACUGUCGAUCCUUCUUUAAAUCUUGAUCACAAUCAAUCAUAUAUCCUGAGUUCCGGUAUGAUCCAGGGUAAAGCGGCAUCAUCUUCUCCGAAGAGCGGCGUAAAUUCACCGUCGUCCGAUCAGAACGUCGAACAACAGCAAUAUGUACUUGCUAGUAGUAGCACGACCGUCGUGGAAAAAACUGCUCAACAAAACGAACAACACAGCCCCUUGAUGGCGAGGCAUUCUGUAUCGACGCAAACCGCAGGGAAUCAAACGAACGUUGCGCAAUCGACAAUGAUGCGGCAAGGAUCUCCUCCCGAUACGACCACCCACAGUCCAGGAAACAGUCAGAGGUCUAACAGUCCGGCCGUAGACACUACUACACACGGUGCAGCCUCACCAGCACCUCCAAUCACUGCUAGACAUCAUUCAUCGUCUACGCCUAUGGUUCAUUGCGUAUCGAGUAGCGAACCGGAUUCAGGCGACACGCAGGUAGCAUCAGAGGAUUGGAGAAUGCAAGGUAUCGCUACCAAGGAGAUCACGUUGAAUCAACCGAGUCUGCACGGAAAGACCUACGUAGAGUCGACGGUGACAACUGGGAUCCAGAUCUAUACGUCAGAGACGUUGAAGCAAGCCGAAGGUGUGGUGAGCACGGUGAGGUGCGAGGGCAGGGAACAUGCCCUCGGCCGCGGAAUCAAGCGAAAGCUGGACUCCAUCCAUUCCAUGCAUUCUACUCUGCAUGAAGACCAAGAUGCUGAGAACAUAAAGAAAUCUGAAAAAUACACCGUGCCUUCUUUGGAACCUUCAGUAGCGGAGACAAAGGACGUAGACGACGGAAACCAAUGGAAACUGAUGGUCGGUGAUCUAGUGUGGGGCGCAGCAAGAGGAAGUCCGGCCUGGCCGGGGAAAGUCGAGUCUUUGGGCCCCCCGGGUACUAUGACGGUUUGGGUUCGGUGGUACGGGGGCGGGGGCGGUCGCACCCAAGUUGAUGUCAAGGCUCUCAAGUCUCUCUCCGAAGGCCUCGAGGCGCAUCAUCGCGCCCGUAAAAAGUUUCGGAAAAGUCGUAAAUUGAAUAUGCAAUUGGAAAACGCGAUACAAGAGGCGAUGGCGGAACUGGACAAGAUGACGGAAGCCUCCAGCGACCAGAAAGAUAUGAAAAAGUCGCCCAAGGUGACAGCGCUGCCAGCGACCAGCUCAAAGGGUAUCAAUGGCCCCAGCAGAUCAGAGGCCAAGAGAUCGUCGAAGAGGGCCGUGGCCGCCGCGGACCAUGCCAAAGCCGAACAAAAACAAUGUCGGUGAUUUAUGUCGAUCACGGUUGUUCGGCGAGCAACCGCAAUCGACGGCACUCGCCUGUCGUAAAUCGCAAAGUAUCAAAACGAUCUUCGCGCAGAAAAACAAUUGUAAUUAGCCAGCUCUUUCAGUUUAAUAAAUUAUUAAUAACAAAUCUACAUGAAUUACACGUCCCAUAAAUUCACCGAUACACUUUCGCUUUUACUUCAGUCGGUAAUUAUUAAAUCACAGUCGCGAUCGCAUGUGCAGCUGGGUCACGUGGAUUCUAUUGCGUAACAGAUCUGUAACGUGGCGAGCGAAGUCGAAUGUAUUGGUGCAGAAAUACACGAUGCUACGAUGCUACGUUAAUUGCGGCACGAAAGAUGUAAAGGCGUCGCGUUUUAGGAAACGCUUUAAACACAUACGUAAGUCUCGGUGAUCGCUGUGAUCUGCUGCAUCCGAAUAGUCGGGAUUCCCUGCAACCAUCACGAGGAUUUUAUCCUCGGGCAAAAAUAUUGUACAAUUUUACCCUCUACGUGUUGUACUAAAUUUUCUUGUAGCUUGAUACGCUUCGGGACGCUUCCGGUAGCGGGGCGUCUCUGAUAAUAAUCAAAAGGCUCGUCUAUGAUUUUGUUAAAUUGAAGGAAGGAACUCCUCUCAAUUUCCUGGAUGCAGAAGCGACGGCCACGGAGAAAAAAAUGUUAAACGCGAAUUGUAUUACGAUACCGGCAGGCGUUUUCCGUAAAUUUACCGAUGCAAAGCCUAAGCAACCGUAGCAUCUGCCGCAACAUCUCCAGCGUAUUCCGUUUGUAACAAUCCAAUUUGGAGAAAGAGAACCGCCGGGCGUGUAAAAUCGCAAAUGUUCAGUAGCGACGUAUUAGGAAAAAUACUACGGCCGAUCCACCAGAAACAGGCCUACAGCAUGCAUUCUUAGAUUAUUUGUAACACACAUGUAUGUAAUAAUCGCAAGAAGUAAUUAGAAAGACGAUAGUUUCCCACAGGCGUGUUUUUGAAUUGGUAAAGAAGGGGAUCACAUUUAUCAUACAGACGAAUGAUUUGUCACACGAUUUAUUUUGUCCGACGAACGCUCGUCUAUAGAUUUUUUUUUUUAACGAGGCUACACACAAAGACGUGGCGUUUGAGCGUUACGCAAAAAACUUUUUACGAUAAUUCGUAUUAGACGAUCUCCCGAUUACCGCGUGCGGUUUUUACAAUUUACACGUGCGAUUGGGAGGCAUGUACGUUUCCUGAAAAUAUGCACCCGCCUGCCGUAUAUUCCGGGGCGAGCGUUAAGCAAACGUGUAUAGUUUUAAAAAGAUAUUUUUGCGAACGAACCUUCAUUACACUAUCCGUAGAGAAUACAAAUGCAUUUUUUUAGAAGGCUAUAAACAUACCGUAUAUGGAUCAUUGUUUUACUGUGACGACGUCGUGCUACAGGCUCGUUGAACCAUUUUAAACUUACACGCGUCCCUCGAUCUGUGCGCGAUCAUUUUCUUAAGCGACGUUCCUCGAACGAGGAAACCUGGGACACGCGACUGAACAAUUCACAUUUUAGAUUAUACGGUAGCGAAGCGAAUUGGAAAAUCGCUGCAAAGUUCGGCGCUCUUAACAAGUAGCAACACGAGCGAUUGUUCUUUGAUGACGUUUUAAAAGUUUUUUUUUUUGUCAGAACAUACAACAAAUUUCGAAAUUUCUAGAUCGUUUUGUAAAAUCGUGUAGUGUUAAUUAGAUAAAUUGAAACAAAAUUUCGGGAUAAGAGGGGUAGGUAAAGUUUGCUAUUAGUUUAGAAUUUCAAGGAAAGAAUAGCUUCAUAUUCAUUUCGUCCGUAUAAGAAACUUGGAAUUUUUAUUUUAACUUGACACCACAUCAAUUUACCGAUUGUAUUUUUUUAAAGCACACACACACACACACACACACACACAGGCGUGAAGAACGUUAUCAUAAUUUCAAGAACGAUCGCUUACGGCGAACAGCGAAUUCGAAGGUGCAUUAAAGAUCUCGAACUUUCACAUCAUCGAGAUGACUUCGGCGCGUUCGGAAACAUAUGAUAGACAAUAAAGAAGAUGCAAGUAUCAAAAAAAGGAUCGCGCAAUUGUCGAUUUUACGUUUUCCGCGACUAACGAUCUGAAUUUCUUUGAAGAACGCAAUUAAUUAUUCGCAUGUAUUUUCUAUUCGGUGUUGAGAAAUUUCACUACAAAUGCACCGACUGCGUAAUACUUAAUAAACUAUACGGGUCCGCGUACAGAUUUUUUUAGUGUUAUUAUUACGGCUGUAAAUAUGUCAACUAUGACGAUGAGAAACCAUCAUAGUAACGAAUAUAACUCAGUUUUAAGGGAGGCCAACGUAACUAGUUUACGUACGAAUAAAUAAAUUAUCGUUCGCAGAAAUGCGUAUGCGACGAGUCUGUAAGCGAAUAUUUGCUUCUGAGAUUAAAAACGGAGCUACUCUUAUAUCAAAAGGUAAAACUGCUUGAUGUCACCGCGCCGUAUAUCUUGCGGGAAACCACAGACCAUUCACGAAGACGGGUUUUUCCGCAAGCAAAAUCUUGUCUACUUGUACGUUUUCUGUCUUUUCGUGAAACGGGAGGAAGUUGCCCGAGUCAUAUCUUUUUACUUUGUAUGCGUGACGCAUACAUAAGAUCUUUGGGGUGGAAGACUACGAGAAAAUAUUUUUCAACAUAUUUACGAAGCUUAAAUAUAGAAUAUUUACCUUUGCUACAUCUUUUCUGUGAUUCAAGGUACGUUCUACGCGACCAUUUAUAAAAACAAGGAGCACAAUUGGUUAAAUUUUCCCACGUGAUUGUGACUUGGGCCACUUUCAUCAUCCACAAAUAUCGAUAUAGAGCGAAUUUUACGAACGGUUUUCCCAUCAGUGCGCGCCUUUACUUAAGGACAAUUAUAUCAAAGUAAAUCAAAAGCUCGCGAUAUCACAUAUUACUCGCUAAGUUUCCAAAAAAAAAAAAAAAAAAAAAAAA